GAUUAAAAUUAAUUGAUCCUACCAUUGGUCAAUGCAUCUUAAAUCCGAUAAAUUGAAAUUAAUUCCUCGUUUUAUAUUUACCUGUGAUGGUAGUCGCGCUUGCUGCGAUCUUCGCACCAUUGUUCAUUCAGAAACUUACCAUGACUUGUAGCAGCAAGAAUCCGUGAUUCGAUUGUGAUUUAUACUAGAUAAAUAAGUGAUGGCAUCGCUUAAAGUUAAAGAAAUGUUCUGUGUGCUGUAUUCGGCAUUGUUAUUUAUUUCAGGUGUAUUAUUAAUAGGUUUUUCUGUAGUUCUUCUCUACAAAGUGAUUUACCAUUUUAAAUUCAUUCCCUCGAGUUCCGUAGGCCCGUUUAUCGUUUACUUCUUGUUAGGGUUUAUUCACCUUUUUCUCACCUGGUUGGGUAUUAAAGGUCCCACCAGAGAGCACGACAUUCACAUUAUUUUGUUUAUGGUAGUCACGCUAGUCUUAUUAGUAGCGGAAUGUGCCCUUGGUGUUUGGUCGAUAAUUCUAUGGGACGAAGUCGACGUCGAAUCCUGGCAUUUAAUGUCGACGUCUUUCCAAGAACUACUCAACCAUGACUACGAUAAGAAAGAUUGGGCAAGUCUGGAAUCCGAGCUGCGAUGUUGCGGAUUCGACGGCCCCAAAGCCUACGAGAAGAAAAACAUCCUCCCGCUCUCUUGCUGCCACAAGGAGUUGAAAAAUAUGACCUGCACCGAAAUUUUUCAAACUGGUUGCCAAAAACCGCUCGCUACUUAUGCGAAGCGGAUUUUAAUUGAUGCCACGAUCAUGGGAUUUUCAUGUUGCGCUUUCCACGGCCUGGGAAUUUUCGUGUUUUUCGCGUUUUACAGGGCACUCAAGGCUGAGCGUGCAGCUAGAGUACAAAGACGGUUGGCUAUGCAGAGGACGAUGUCUGAGAAUCAAAGCGGUGGUGGCACCCCUGCGCCUGCAUCGCCGCCAACGUCGGCCUAAUUUUUAUACUCGUUUACACUUUUGAUAGAGUUUUAUGAGCACGGAAGUGCCUUAUUUUAGUAGCUUUAUAGAAUGUGACUUAAGUUGCACUUUUUUUUUUAUUUUUUAUUUUUUAAUAAUAUAUUGAUCAUUCGAGA